AUGGCUCCUAUUCUGAAGAAAUACAAGGCCGCAGCAGUCAACGCUGAGCCCGGAUGGUUCAACCUCGAAGAAUCCGUCCGGCGCACCAUCCACUGGAUUGACGAGGCCGGUAAGGCUGGUUGCAAGUUCAUUGCAUUCCCUGAGCUUUGGAUCCCUGGCUACCCGUACUGGGCCUGGAAGGUCAACUACCAGGAGAGCCUGCCACUUCUGAAGAAGUAUCGCGAGAACAGUCUCCCUUCUGAUUCGGAAGAAAUGCGCCGUAUCCGCGAGGCAGCCCGAAACAACAAGAUAUUCGUCUCUCUCGGAUACUCUGAGGUCGAUCUUGCCAGCUUGUAUACCACUCAGAUCAUGAUCAAUCCAGCAGGAGAUAUUAUCAACCAUCGCCGCAAGAUCAAGGCCACCCAUGUUGAGCGCCUGGUCUUUGGUGAUGGCACUGGCGAUACUACCGAGUCGGUCAUGGAUACCGAGAUCGGUCGCAUCGGACACCUGAACUGCUGGGAGAACAUGAACCCAUUUUUGAAGGCAUAUGCCGCCUCUCUCGGGGAACAGGUCCAUGUUACAGCCUGGCCUUUGUAUCCCGGAAAAGAGACCCUCAAGUACCCGGAUCCUUACACUAACAUCGCCGAGGCGAAUGCCGACGUGAGUUUCCCAGACCGAACCGUGACUGUGAAUGGAGAUCUCAUUACUGACAAGACUGUCCAGCUUGUGACUCCUGCGUACGCGAUCGAGACAGGAGCCUUCACUCUCGCGCCUUGGCAAACCAUCACUACGGAGGGUAUCAAACUCAACACUCCACCCGGAAAGGAGCUCGAGGACCCCAACAUCUAUAAUGGAAAUGGCCGUAUUUUUGGUCCUGAUGGCCAGAAUCUCGUUCCUCAUCCAGAAAAGGACUUCCAAGGUCUGCUCUUUGUUGACAUUGAUCUUGAUGAAAUUCAUCUCACCAAGUCUUUGGCCGAUUUUGGCGGACACUACAUGAGACCAGACCUGAUCCGCCUCUUAGUGGAUACUAACCGCAAGGACCUCAUUGUUCACGAAGACCGUGUCAACGGAGGCGUUAUUUACCAAAAGACUGUGGACCGUGUAGGACUCUCUAAGCCCUUGGGUGGCACAACCGAAGAGACCACCAGUGAGUGA